CUGAAACUAAAUGCUAAAUGAAGAUUGGUUAAUAGUUGUUUGCUCAAUUGCUUUGUAUCUUUAGUGGCCCCCAAUUAUUUUUGGAAACAGCCAAAGUAGCUAUUGAUUAUGCUGCUAAAAUACAGCUUCAUCGGCCUGGAGUCCUGCAUUAGGCAGAAAAACAGGCAAUAAUAUAAGACAAUAAUGAGACGUCUGUAAACCAUUUGGCGUGUUCAAGAAAGGAUUUCCUCAUACAAUGCUGUGCAGCCACGACCGGGGUGUAAGAUUCACAUCUGCUUUUGGCCAAGUCCUCGCCGCGACACAGCGCUUUGGUGUUUCACCACCAGUACAUGAAAACAGCCCUAACGUCGCCUUCAAAAGUGUUUUUGUAAUGGACCUUAGAGGGGCUAGCUUGAUAUUAUGUCUCCUUCUUCUGGUGAACCCUGCUCUUCAGCAGACCCCUGCAAGUGCAAAGAAGAAGAACGCAAGGAAAGAGGCUGCAAACAAUGCUGUGAUCGAGAAGAUGCAGAAGCAGAUUGAUGAUAUUUUAGAAGAGCUGAAUCUACUGAAAGAACAUCAAGCAUUACAAACAGUUUGCUUGCGAGGCACAAAGGUCCUGGGCAAGUGUUUCCUGGCGGAUCCUGUGAAGAAGAACUACCAUGCAGCCAGUGAAGACUGCGUCGCCAAGGGGGGCAGCCUGGGCACCCCUGUGACCGGGGAUGAAAACGACCGGCUCUAUGAGUACGUGCUCCGGAGCAUCGGCCAAGAGGAGCACGUCUGGUUAGGGAUCAAUGAUAUGAUCACCGAGGGCCAGUGGGUGGACCAAUCAGGCCAUGGUGUGCGCUUCAAGAACUGGGAGACGGUCAUCACGCUGCAGCCGGACGGUGGGCGGGGCCAGAACUGUGCCAUCAUGUCCACCUCGGCCAAUGGGAAAUGGUUUGACGAAAACUGCCGUGCUGAAAAAGUCUCCGUGUGUGAGUUUAAUAUUGUUUAACGAGGACUGCCCCUGUUGUCCUUUUGAAAAACAUGAAGCAUGUUUAAGUGUGAACCGAUAUAAGUUGUAACCUGUGCAUGCCAAUAAAAACAAAAUCGAUUUA